AAAUUUAUAUAAAUAUUCCUUCCGCGACGGAAAAGCUCUCAGUUUCUCUCUCACUGCUCUCUUCAGAGGAAUGGACGGAGGCGGACAGUAUAAUCCUCGAACUGUAGAGGAGGUGUUUAAGGAUUACAAGGGCCGCCGUGCUGGAAUGAUCAAAGCCCUCACUACCGAUGUGGAUGAUUUUUAUCAGCAGUGUGACCCGGAGAAAGAAAACCUGUGCCUUUAUGGAUUUCCUAAUGAACAGUGGGAAGUUAAUUUGCCUGCUGAAGAGGUGCCUCCUGAGCUUCCAGAGCCAGCAUUAGGUAUUAACUUUGCCAGAGAUGGGAUGCAAGACAAGGACUGGUUGGCUCUUGUUGCUGUCCACAGUGACGCAUGGCUACUUUCAGUUGCUUUCUAUUUUGGUGCCAGAUUCGGUUUUGACAAAUCUGAGAGGAAACGUCUCUUCUGUCUGAUAAAUGAACUUCCGACACUUUUUGAAGUUGUAACUGGAGCUGCCAAAAAGCAAGUCAAGGACAAAUCAUCAGUCACCAACAAUAGCAGCAGCAAAUUGAAGUCAAACUCUAAAGUGGGUAAAUACUCUAAGGUUCAACCGAAGGAUGAGGAGGAUGGAUUUGAAGAAGAGGAGGAGGAAGAGGAUGAGCACGGGGAUACCUUGUGCGGGGCAUGUGGCGAGAACUAUGGUACAGAUGAAUUCUGGAUUUGCUGUGACAUAUGCGAGAGGUGGUUCCAUGGCAAGUGCGUGAAGAUCACACCCGCUAGGGCUGAGCACAUAAAGCAGUACAAAUGCCCGUCGUGCAGUAACAAGAGGGCUCGGCCCUGAUGCUCAGCUCAACGCGCUGGGUUUAACUUAUUGUAUUUGCCUCCUCGCGUUGAGCUCAGCUAAAAAUCACAUUGUCCAUCUCUCGCCAUAUCAAUCAGCUAGGCAUGUGUAUUGAAUUGAAGUUUCUGGCCUUUUGGUCUUGUUUUUAUCAGGAAGGGAUAAUUUGCUAUGUAGUAGCUUUGAAACUUGGACAUAGUGUUCCCUUUAGUCUUGUAAGGAUAUGCAUGUUUCUGUGAUUAAUGAUUUAACUUGAAACGCCUCAUAUUGCAAUUAUGGUAUCACAAUCAUUAUGUCUCCA